AUGUCGCUUGACACCAAGAGGGCCGAGAUUCGGAAGCUGGAGGAGCGGGCGCGGCAGAGGGCCGAGGCCCUGUCCAAGAGUGAAGCUAUGUUGGAGGAAGAUGCAGUCAGGUUUGACGCCUUUCUGAAGGAGAAUGACGAGAAGGUCCAGGAGGCCAUUCGGCGCGCCGAGGCGGAGGCCAAGGCCAAGGCUGACCGGGUCGCCGAGAUUAAGCGGCUGAACGGGGCCAUCGCGGCGCUGAGGAGCGAGCUGGGCAAGAAGGAGGAGGCACUGGCGGACUGCGGCAGGCGAGAGGGCAGGGCAGCGGGGCCGGGGUCGUACCAGGGCUUCCUGGACAGCGUGACCCCCCAGGAGCACUUUGAGAAGCUGGCGGCAGCCAGGCAGGAGAGGCGCGCCGCGCGGCUGGCGGCGUGGCAGGCGGGCUGCGCGGCGGUCGCGCGGCGGCGGGACGACGCUUACCUGGCGAAGACGCGGGCCGAAGCCGCGUUCAGCGGCGCGCGCACACAGCAGGAGGCGGAGCGGGCAGAGCGGGCGGUCAAGGAGGCAGCGGCGGAGCUGAAGGAGGCACUGCGUGCCAAGGAGGCGCCGCGGCCGGACCUGGAUGCACUGGAGGCAGCUGAUGACGCAUCGGAUGAGACCAUGCACUUCAAGAACCCCCGGCAGCUGCUGGCCGUAUUCAGCCAGCUUGAGGAGGACAACCUCUUCCUCAUACAAAACUGCCAGGAAGCCGAGGAGCAGCUGGAGGAAGUCAAGGCCCGCCACAGGGCGGCGGUGGCAAAGGCGGAUUCAGAGGUUGAUGCCCUGAAAGGCCAGAUCACGCGGCUCGAGGGCAGGGUCGCCGCCGCGCACGCGCGGGCGGAGCGGCUCCGGGAGCGCGCGACGGAGGGCGGCUCCGGCGCGCCGCGGCUCGCGCUGGGCGUCGGGGCGGGGGAGGGGCCUACGCUGGACGAGCUGGGGUCAAAGGUGGCUGAAGUAUAUGGCAGGUGCGGGUUCGACCCUGAUGCGUCCCUGACGAUGCUGCAGAUGCUCACAUCGAUGGAGGUUCGACUGCAGGAGUGCCUGGCGCAGGUGGAGCCCAUGCCGGCAGAGUGGGUUGCUGAUGUGGAGCGGUCGCGGGAGAAAGAGCGGCGCCAGGUGGCCAGGGAGGAGAAGCUGCGCACACAGACAGAGGACCAUGAAGCGCGCGUGCAGCGCGCCCUGGAGCGCGCGGCCGCGCCGGUGUUCAAGAAGACGGGCAAGCCGCCGAUGCCGCGCAGCGCGCUGCCGAAGCGGCGCGUGGUGCAGGAGCGCAGCGCGCGGGACGAGGAGGAGGAGGAGCUGGCGGCGUUCCUGGCGCGGGAGCUCCUGUGA